AAUCACCCUCUUCUCCCCGUGUACAAGUCCGCUGCUUUUAAGCCAUACUUUUGCUUAUUAUUAGCUCAUAAGCUUCUGCUUCAAGCAGCGUAUAAAUAUAUCAACGCUAUAUAGUCUACAAUUCCUGUCACAUCCACUUGCUUCUGCUGCCACUCUUCCAUUUCGAAUAAUCGCUUCUACAACCUCACACCCAAAUGGGUUUUAUAGAGUCCGAAGAGAGGAGACUUAUGGAGAUGGAAGAAUUGAAGCGCAUGCUGGUUGCCUGCGCUGGCCUCAGCCGCAGAAAAGACCAAGAAGAUUUCCAAGGCUUGCGUUUUUCUUCCACAGGUUUCGAUAUCGACGACCUCGUUGGUCAGAAGCUUGUUUGCGUUACUAGCGGUGUUUCCUUCCUUGGCCUCGCCAUCGUCAACCGCCUCCUCUGCCGUGGGUACUCCGUCAGAAUAAUUGUCCACACUGAAGAGGACAUGGAGAAAUUGAGGGAGCUGGAAGUCUCCGGAGAGAUGAGGACAAGCAAUAACAGCAUCAAAGCAGUAAUGGCCAAACUAACUGAAAUUGAAAGCUUAUUGGAAGCAUUCGAGGGGUGUCGUGGAGUCUUUCACACCGCUGCUUUUACCGACCCUGCUGGCCUCUCUGGCUACACUAAAUCCAUGGCUGAAAUAGAAGUAAAGGCCUGUGAGAAUGUCAUCAUGGCAUGUUCAAGAACAACGUCUGUAAGGAAUUGUGUGCUCACAUCUUCACUUCUGGCCUGUUUAUGGCGAGAUGCCUCAACACUAGAUCUCUCCCCUGUGAUUAACCAUGAGUCCUGGAGUGAUGAAUCACUUUGUAUGGACAAGAAGCUCUGGUAUGCACUGGGUAAAUUGAGAGCAGAGAAGGCUGCCUGGAGAAUAGCAAAGGAUAAUGGUUUAAAAUUGGUCACCAUCUGUCCAGGCCUCAUUACAGGCCCAGACUUUUUUCCUAGAAAUCCGACAGCAACAAUUGCAUAUCUAAAAGGAGCUCAAGAAAUGUUUGCAGAUGGCCUGCUGGCAACUGUUGAUGUUAUGAAACUAGCAGAGGCACAUGCUUGUUUGUUGGAGGCUAUGAACAAGACAGCAUUUGGCAGGUACAUUUACUUUGAUCAUAUAAUUGAGAGAGAGGCUGAAGCAGAAAAAUUGGCAACAAAGAUGGGAAUGCCUGCAGACAAGAUAUGUGGAAAUGCACCCAUCAACGUUCAGGCUAGAUUUGAAUUAUCAAAUAAAAAGAUUUUAAACCUCAUGUCAAGAACACUCCGCAGUUGUUACAAUCAAAGUUAGAAACUCGGAAGUCACUGUUUCAUGCUAUGCUGUUUAUUAGUGUUUGGAGGGAAAGAAAAUAAAAUAAAAUAAAAAAAGAAGAUGAGCAUGGUUUUGUUUUGACAUCAGUUGCUUUUCUUUUGAUGUGGAAAUAUAAACAUUUUCUAGUUGAAAUAUGUAUUCAUUACAAGACCAAAUUGUAAAGGUCAAUUUCCUAGCCAAUGCUAUAGAUUUUUUGAGUA